ACCUCAGCUGGGGCUGGAGCGAGGCGUCGUCGGGAUGCAGCGCCCCGGGCCCUUCAGCACCCUCUACGGGCGGGUCCUGGCCCCGCUGCCCGGGCGGGCCGGGGGCGCGGCCUCUGGCGGAGGCGGGAACAGCUGGGCCCUCCCGGGCUCCCUCGUGCAGCUGCCGGGGCGUGAACAGUCUGGGACCCGCAGUGGUACGGGCGGCACAGGUACCUGCGGCCCGGAUUCCAACAGGGUCUGCCCGGCCCAAUCCACAAUGUCCAAGGCCGAGGAGGCGAAGAAGCUGGCGGGCCGCGCGGCCGUGGAAAACCACGUGAGGAAUAACCAAGUGCUGGGAAUUGGAAGUGGUUCCACAAUUGUUCAUGCUGUGCAGCGAAUAGCUGAAAGAGUGAAGCAAGAGAAUCUGAACCUCGUCUGUAUCCCCACUUCCUUCCAGGCCCGGCAGCUCAUCCUACAGCAUGGCUUAACCCUCAGUGACUUGGAUCGACACCCAGAGAUUGACCUCGCCAUCGAUGGUGCUGAUGAAGUAGAUGCUGAACUCAAUCUCAUCAAGGGUGGUGGAGGCUGCCUGACCCAGGAGAAGAUUGUGGCUGGCUAUGCCAGUCGGUUCAUCGUGAUUGCUGAUUUCAGGAAAGAUUCAGUGAAUCUUGGGGAUCAGUGGCACAAGGGAAUCCCUAUUGAGGUCAUCCCAAUGGCCUAUGUCCCCGUGAGCCGAGCUGUGACCCGGAAGUUUGGGGGUGAAGUUGAGCUUCGAAUGGCUGUCAACAAGGCAGGUCCUGUGGUGACAGAUAAUGGAAACUUUAUCCUGGAUUGGAAGUUUGACCGGGUGCACAAAUGGAGUGAAGUGAAUACAGCUAUUAAAAUGAUCCCAGGUGUGGUGGACACAGGGCUGUUCAUCAACAUGGCGGAGAGGGUGUACUUUGGGAUGCAGGAUGGCUCGGUGAACAUGAGGGAGAAGCCUUUCUCUUGACCCUUGGAGGAGGAGUGUGCUCACCUUCCGUCUCUCCAGCCACAGCCAAGGUGGAUGUGUCUCUCCUGAGCCUUUGCCUUAAUGUAUCCUGCCAGGGCGGACAGUCGAUACUGUGGGAGGUGGGGAGAAGUUAAAUCAGUCUUCUGAAGUAUUGUUAUGUGUCUUUUUAAAAAGAGAAAUUUAAACAUAUAUAUUUUUACUAUUAAAAUAUCCAGUUUUUUAUACAGUAGAACUUGAUUUCAUGUUUUAUAUGAAACAUUUACCAAAAAUAAAAAUAAACAAGAGAGUGCAGGACUGUCUUAGAAAUCUUCAACUUCGGCCUGCUGAUUAAGUUUCUGAAUUACCAUGAAAAUGACUUUCUUUGGAGCUGGUGAAAUGAAGGGCAGCCGGCAGCCAUUUCCUGAUGCCUUACUAGACACAUCGUUUACUUUCCUGCCACUCUGUUUGGUUUGUAGGUAGCUUUCAUUGUGAUCACGCACAAUAUCUACUCACAUUUUAGGUUCAGGUUGACAGGAAUCUGGCGUGGAGCAGUGUGGUGUAGGGACUUGGAAUGAGGGACUUCGGCUGGGACCCUGGGGCUCCUUCACACCCCUGUUAUUGGAAGCAGUUGGCUAGAAAUACUUGCCAGUACUGCCAAAGCACUGCAGUAAAAUGUGAAAUACUUGCUUUUUUUUUUUUUUAAAGAUAUCCUUUCUGUUAAUAUUUUUACUGUUCUUUUAAUAUUGCAUGAUUUGGCGUCAGACGUCAUCACUUCAUGUGGUUUGAAGUUUGAAAUAAAAAGUGUUGUGCCAUUUUGCCAGA